AUGUUGUUCAGAUUAAAUUUCCUUGUACCUUGUGCCAUUGUGGCUUCUUUCACUUUUUACUUAGUUCAGUCUGAUGAUGAAAACACAGGGUGGCCAAUUGAUUUCGAAUUUAACUCUAAGACGUUGCCAUCUAUAGAAGUCAAGUUGAGUCCUCCAGAAAAUCCUUCGCCACAAGUGUUGGCAGAAAUUAAAAUUUUGGAAUCUGCGAGGCUUAAAUUGGAGGAGGGGAUGAUGCAAAAGUUGGAGGAUGAAUACAACAAAUCACUGUCAAGCUCAAAAAUAAAAAUACAGGAUGCGGUGGAAAAAUCGCUAAGCGUUUUCAAUGAUCCUAAUAUGCUCAGUUCGGUUAUAUCUAAUUCUGUGAAAGCGUUAAAAAAAAAAAAUUUAAGAAAAGUUACGGAAAAUGUAGAAGAGAAAAAUAAUUUGAAGAAAUUUCAAAAAAGUACACAGACAAAAAGCGGGCCAUUGCCACCACCAGAACUUAGAAGCCACACCUCCUUUUUGCAGCAAAAUUAUGUGAAUAAAACUUUACCUUCUGUAAAGAUAUCGUUAUCCGAGUUAACUGAACCUAGCGUAGAUAUAAAAGAAAAAAUGGAAGAAAUGGAACAAUAUAGGACAGAUGAGGAAGUCGCGAUGUUCGAAAUGGCUAUAUCCGAAUUUUCCAUCUUGACGGAUAUAACUAUUCUAGAGUUAGAAAAGCAAAUACAGUUACAACUGAACCCAUUUUUAGUUGAUAAGAAGAUCGUGCACAGAUCCUUGACGAAGCAAUUGAAGGAACUGGAGAAGAGAGAUGAAAAGGAAAAGAUAAGGGAAAAUUUUCAAAGACAAUCAUCCUUUUUAGAAGAAGGGGAAAACGAAGACACUGGCAACAUCCUGAACGUAAAAAUAAGCCAAACGGAUUAUGGUUACCCCACAAUUGACGAACUGGUGAUGCAAAUGCAGAAGAAAAGGGACAUUUCGGAAAAUUUAGAAAGGAAAAAAAUUUUAGAUUUACAAAUGAAGUUGCUAAAAGUGCAAAGUGAAAUGUUAAAGGAUGCACUUCAUUUUUCCAUUUCCAAAGUUAUGGCUCAAUAUUCACCAAUAGUGGAAACAAUGAAGUUGGAAUCUUUGAGAAUGCUUUAG